AUGUGGGUGUCACCCAUGGGUGCUGGCUCAGGAUUAACCCUUCACCUCCCACAGUGGAUGGUCAAGUCCAAGGUCAUCAGCGAGCUGCAGGAGGCCUGUUGGGAGCUGGUGACGGCCAUGGCCAACGACAUCAUCCUGCUGCUGGACUCGGACAACGACGGCGUCCGCACCCACGCCAUCAAGUUCGUGGAGGGGCUCAUUGUCACCCUGUCCCCCCGCGUCCCCGACUCCGACGUCCCCAAGCGCCACGAGGGCGACAUCAGCCUGGAGCGCAUCCCCAAGGACCACCCCUACAUCAAAUACAACGUGCUGUGGGAGGAGGGGAAGGCGGCGCUGGAGCAGCUGCUCAAGUUCAUGGUCCACCCGGCCAUCUCCAGCAUCAACCUGACGGCGGCGCUGGGCUCGUUGGCCUCCAUCGCCCGCCAGCGCCCCAUGUUCAUGGCCGAGGUCAUCCAGGCCUACGAGACACUGCACGCCAACCUCCCGCCCACCUUGGCCAAGUCGCAGGUGAGCAGCGUGCGGAAGAACCUGAAGCUGCACCUGCUGAGCGUGCUGCGCCACCCGGCCUCGGGCGACUUCCAGGCGCAGAUCACCACGCUGCUGGUAGACCUGGGCACCCAGCAGAGCGAGAUCGCCCGCAGCCUCCCCAGCCCGCGCGACGCCCGCAAGCGCCCGCGCGACGAGCCCGACGCCGCGCUCAAGAAGAUGAAGAUCGAGCCCCCCCUGGGCGAGGACGACGAGGACAAGGACCUGGAGGUGACAGCGGUGACGGUCCCCAAGGGGGGCGGCCAGGCCAGCGCCCCCUCGGACACCGACAUCACGGCCGAGUUCCUGCAGCCGCUGCUGACGCCCGAGAACGUCGCCAACCUGGUGCUGAUCAGCAUGGUGUACCUCCCCGAGGCCAUGCCCGCCUCCUUCCAGGCCACCUACACGCCGGUGGAGUCGGCCGGCACGGCCGCGCAGAUCAAGCACCUGGCUCGUCUCAUGGCCACCCAGAUGACGGCGGCCGGGCUGGGACCGGGCGUGGAGCAGACGAAGCAGCUGAAGGAGGAGGCCCGCGAGGAGAAGGCCGCCAAGCCUGAGAGCGUCCUGAUCCGGCGGCGCCUGUCGGCCUUGGCCCAGGGUCAGGCCAUUUCGGUGCUGGGGGCCCAGGCUUCGGCCUCCCCACACCCCGAGGAGGAGGCCCCCCAGGCCAAACGCCGCCCCGAGCCCAUCAUGCCGGCCACACAGCCCCGGCUGGCGGGGGCGGGGGGCCGGAAGAAGGUUUUCCGCCUGAGCGACGCGCUGAAGCCGCUGAGCGACGUGCAGAUCGAGAAGCUCAAACUGGGCGCCGUCAAGCGCAUCCUCCGCGCCGAGCGCGCCGUGGCCGCCAGCGGCGCCGCGCAGGCCCGCGUGAAGAUCCUGGCGUCGCUGGUGACGCAGUUCGACGUCCCCGCCAAGGCCGAGGUGCUGGCGUUCGUGCUGGAGGACGCGCGGUCGCGCCUGGACCUGGCGCUGGCCUGGCUGUUCCAGGAGUACAACCGGCACCUGGCGCGCGGCGCCGCCGGAGACCUGCACCGCUACGACCAGUGUCUCGUGGGGCUGCUGGGGGGGCUGCACGACAAGCCCGACCAGAAGGACGGGAUCUUCACCAAGGUGGUGCUGGAGGCGCCGCUGAUCACCGAGAGCGCGCUGGAGGUGAUCCGCAAGUACUGCGAGGACGAGAGCCGAACCUACCUGGGCAUGUCCACUCUUUGCGACCUGAUCUUCAAGCGCCCAUCACGGCAAUUCCAAUACCUGCACGUCCUGCUGGACCUCAGCUCCCACGAGAAGGAGAAGGUCCGCCAUCAAGCCCUGCAGUUCAUCAAGCGCAUGUACGAGCGGGACCAGCUACGUGAAUACGUUGAGAAGUUCGCCUUCAACUAUUUACAGCUCCUGGUUCAUCCCAACCCGCCUUCGGUGCUUUUCGGGGCGGACAAGGACACGGAGGUGGCGGCGCCGUGGACCGAGGAGACCAUCAAGCAAUGUCUUUACCUGUACCUGGCGCUCCUGCCGCUCAACCACAAGCUGAUCCACGAGCUGGCGUCCGUGUACACCGAAGCCAUCGCCGACAUCAAACGCACCGUCCUGCGCGUCAUCGAGCACCCGAUCCGCGGCAUGGGGAUGAACUCGCCCGAGCUGCUGCUGCUGGUGGAGAAUUGUCCCAAAGGAGCCGAGACGCUGGUGACGCGGUGUCUGCACACCCUGACGGACAAAGUGCCGCCCUCGCCUGAGCUGGUGAAGAGGGUCCGGGACCUUUAUCACAAGCGGCUUCCAGACGUGAGGUUCCUGAUCCCCGUCCUCAACGGGCUGGAGAAGAAAGAGGUGAUUCAGGCGCUGCCCAAGCUCAUCAAGCUCAACCCCAUCGUGGUCAAGGAGGUUUUCAACCGGCUGCUGGGGACACAGCACGGUGACGGCUCCUCGGCCGUGUCCCCGCUGAGCCCGGGCGAGCUGCUGGUCGCCCUGCACAACAUCGACUCCUCCAAGUGCGACAUGAAAUCCAUCAUCAAAGCCACCAACUUGUGCUUCGCCGAGCGCAACGUGUACACGUCGGAGGUGCUGGCCGUGGUGCUGCAGCAGCUCAUGGAGCUCAGCCCGCUGCCCGUGCUGCUCAUGCGCACCGUCAUCCAGGCGCUGGCCAUGUACCCGCGCCUCGGCGGCUUCGUCACCAACAUCCUGCAGCGCCUCAUCAUGAAACAGGUCUGGAAGUACCCCAAGGUAUGGGAAGGCUUCAUCAAGUGCUGCCAGCGCACCAAACCGCAGUCGUUCCCGGUGGUCCUGCAGUUGCCCCCCCCCCAACUCGCCGCCGUGUUCGACAAGUGCCCGGAGCUACGCGAGCCGCUUCUCAACCACGUCCGCGCCCUCACCCCCCACCAGCAAGCGCACAUCCCGCUGUCCACCAUGGCCAUCCUGGAGGCCACCGCGCGCCACGAGCCCGGCGCCCGCGAGGGCCCCCCCGCAGAGGAGAAGCCCCCGAAGCGGCCGAGCGAGGAGGAGGCCAAGGGGAAGGGGGGGACACCCCCAGUUCCGGGGGGCGGUCCCAGCGCCGCCCCCCCCACUUCCGAGGCGCCCCCCGACCUCGAGCCCCCCCCCCAUCUUCAUCAGCGUCCCCGAGGAUGAGGAGAGUUCGGGGGGGGCCGGGUCCCCCCCAGACGCCACCCUGGACCCCCCCACUGCCCCCCCAAAGGACCCCCCCACCAGCACCGAGCCCCCCGCAGCGGGGCCCCCCCCGGCCGACGCAGCCCCCAGCAGCCCCCCCUCCUCAGAGCCGCCCCCCCCCGGCACCCAAAGCCCCGAGGUGCCCCCGGUGGGGGUCCCCGAUGCC